UAAGUAAGUUUAGGAUGGCGGAAGGUGAAAGGACAAGAGGGGAACGCGGAUGAAAGCGGAGCGGGGGGUGCCCUCUCCCCUUCGCAGAUAAUGGGAGGAGCCGGGCCGCGGUGAGUCUUUCCUUUCGCCGCUGCGGCUGCAGCCAUGAGUAUGCUCAGGCUUCAGAAGAGGCUGGCCUCCAGCGUCCUCCGCUGUGGCAAAAAGAAGGUCUGGUUGGACCCCAAUGAGACCAACGAAAUCGCCAAUGCCAACUCCCGGCAGCAGAUUCGGAAACUGAUCAAAGAUGGGCUGAUCAUCCGGAAGCCUGUGACUGUCCACUCCCGGGCUCGAUGCCGGAAAAACACCUUGGCCCGCAGGAAGGGCCGGCAUAUGGGCAUCGGUAAGCGAAAGGGUACUGCCAAUGCUCGAAUGCCCGAGAAGGUAACCUGGAUGAGGAGGAUGAGAAUUCUUCGCCGGCUACUCAGAAGAUACCGGGAAUCGAAGAAGAUUGACCGCCACAUGUACCACAGCCUGUACCUCAAGGUGAAGGGUAACGUGUUCAAAAACAAGCGGAUUCUCAUGGAACACAUCCACAAGCUGAAGGCAGACAAGGCUCGCAAGAAGCUUCUGGCUGACCAGGCCGAGGCCCGCAGGUCUAAGACCAAGGAAGCCCGCAAGCGCCGGGAAGAGCGGCUCCAGGCCAAGAAGGAGGAGAUCAUCAAGACUCUGUCCAAGGAGGAAGAGACCAAGAAAUAGAGCUUGCCCUCCUACCUGUACAUAGUGGCCUUGGCAGUUACGUGGUUCGGUCAUUUAAUAAAAGCAGCCUUCAUCUACCUCUCUGCUUCUUCCAAAGUUA